GACCAAUGAGCCGAAUAACCUGAUCAGAUAGGCGGAUACGCCUUCCCCUAAGGUUGCGCCGCCUCGUAUCAGUGCGUGUGUAUUUUUUUUUCCUCCUGUGUUUUUUUUUUUUUUUUUUGUAACCGUAGCUGGAUGUGUAGGACGUCAUAUGUUUUUUCUCCUCUUCACUCCAGCCACUUAGCGAUAUGGGUUAUUUACUGUUUAACAGCUCCGGAUACGGUACGCGAGGCUCAGCCCCGGGAGAGAGAUAACAUCCGCGGAGUCUUUCCAUGUCGAGGCUGGAUCCAAGUUGAAGCAAAGUGAGAGUUUGGGUUUUUCCAGCACUGGAAGGAUGGCGAGUCCGCCGCCAGCGGUCGGACCCUCGCUCUCCCAUCUGAACGUGAACAACAGCAAUAUUAAAAAGUGUGGCUACCUGAAGAAGCAGAAGCACGGCCAUAAGCGCUUCUUCGUGCUGAAGGCGCAGAGUGACGGCUUCCCCGCGCGCCUCGAGUACUACGAGAGCGAGAAGAAAUGGAGGAACAAGGCGGCUGCUAAGCGGAUCAUACCACUGGACUCGUGCCUGAACAUCAACAAGCGAGCGGACGCCAAGCACAAGCACCUCAUCGCACUGUACACCAAGGACGAGUACUUCGCCGUGGCCGCCGACAACGAGCAGGAGCAGGAGAGCUGGUUUGGCGUUUUGACGGAUCUGAUGAACGAGGGCCGGGCGUGUGAGGGAUCCGCGUCUCACUCGGCUUCUUCUCUGCUCGGCUUUGACGAGGUGAACUACGGGCUGGUGACGCCGCUCAGCGCCGCGUACAAGGAGGUAUGGCAAGUGAACCUGAAGUCCAGGGGACUCGGACAGAGCCGGAACCUGACCGGGGUGUACCGGCUGUGCUUAUCAAGCCGCACGAUUAGUUUUGUGAAACUGAACACGGAUGUGGCGUCUGUGAUUCUGCAGCUGAUGAACAUCCGGCGUUGCGGCCACUCGGACAGCUUUUUCUUCAUUGAGGUGGGCAGGUCAGCCGCCACCGGCCCCGGUGAGCUGUGGAUGCAAGCAGACGACUCGGUGGUGGCGCAAAACAUCCACGAGACUAUACUGGAAGCCAUGAAGGCUAUGAAGGAGCUGAUGUGCGAGUUCCGGCCGCGGAGCAAAAGCCAGUCGUCGGGCACGAAUCCAAUUUCGGUGCCCGCGAGGCGGCAUUUAAAUCACUUACCGCCGAGUCAGACGGGGCUGCCGCGGAGAUCACGCACAGACAGCGCGGCCGCCUCGUCGCCCGGAGCCAAAUUCACGUCAUGCCGGAUGCGCGCGGCGAGCGAGGGAGACGGCACGACGACGCGGCCGGUGUCUCUGUCGGUAGCGGGAAGUCCCGUCAGUCCCGGGAUAAACCGGACACAUCUGAGCCGGUCCAACACGGUGGCAGCCCGCCCUUGUAGGACGUUUGAAACCUCCUCUCUCCAGCAUAGUAGGUCCAUGUGCAUGCCCGUGUCUCAUUCCCCUCCCUCGGUUGAUGCCAGUCCCGUUAGCGUGCCCUCCAAUGGAGCCCGCCCAGCCAGCUGCACAGCCUCCAUCGCCGGCUCACCCAGUGAUGCCGGCUUCAUCUCCUGCGAUGAGUGCGGCUCCAGUCCAGGAGACGCGCCCCACACGUUAACGGCUCACCGCAGCUCCACGCCAGAGUCUAUUGCCGAGACGCCUCCCUCACGGGAUGGCAGUGACUUGUACGGCUACAUGAUCAUGGAAAAGCAGGGUGUUUUUGCACAUAGCCACGGGAGACGCGGUACCCGCAUGGUAGAGGAGGGUGUCCGGGACCUAGAGAAAGCCUACAGGAAGAGGACGUACUCUCUCACCAUGCCUCACCAGAAGAGAGUGCAGUCACAGGUGUCUUCUGCCUCGCUGGACGAGUACACACUCAUGAGGGCCACUUUCAAAAACGCUGGGCAUUCAGGACGCAGUUCGCACACUGCAUCCCCUAAAGUUGCGUACCCUGAGGAUUAUGGUGAUAUUGAAAUUGGCUUCUUACAGAAAAGCUCCAGCAGUAAUCUAGGUGAUGAUGGCUACAUGCCAAUGACACCUGGCGUGGCACCACUGGGUAGCAAGAUUGAAAAUUACAUGCCCAUGAGCCCCAUGUGUGUCUCCGCCCCGAAGCAGAUCAUCAACCCUAGGACACACCCCCUCACCGUGGCCAACGGCUACAGGACCAGCUCGCCCUGCAGCUGCUCUCUGGAUGACAGUGGCUACAUGCGGAUGCUGUGUAGCUCCAAACUCUCUGUGGAGAGCUCAGAUGGUAAACUGGCCAACACCGAGUACCUCAACAUGUCUCCCGUUGACCCAUGCGUCUCUGACACGCCCCCAGAUUACUUCCCCACCACUGUGGGUGGCGUAGAGCAGCAACCUCCUCUCAGACAGCCCUUCUCUUACAGCUCUCUGCCCCGCUGCUACAAACCCCAGCAGAAGACAGAUAAUGGUGACAGCGAUCAAUAUGUCCUCAUGAGCCUACAAAACUGGAAAAUUGUGGAGGAGCCAGAGAAGGCAGCUCCUAAAAUAACUCCCUCUCCUCUGAAGCAAAGCAGAGCUGACAACAUGCACCACAGGUCCAGGAUCAGCCGACCCACACGCCUGCCUCUGGAUUUGGUUCGUAUGCUGCCUAGCAUGAAUGAGCACCCUUUGCCCCCUGAGCCCAAAAGCCCCGGUGAGUACAUAAACAUAGAUUUCAGCCAUGCCACUCAGAGGUACUCCCCACCCUCCACAGAGAGCCCUGCUUCGUCUGUCAGCUCCUCCAGUGAGCACAGGAGGUCUCUUCUUUCGGACUACAUGAACAUUAACGUAAGUUUGGAAUCACCCAAGUCUGGAGAUGCUGCUCCGUUCAGCCCUCUCGAUGCCAUGCCAGAGCUGGCAGUCUGCCCCGCCCCAUGUGAGGAGGAGGGAGGAAUAAAUGGUUACAACCUCACAUCACAGGUGGAACCCUCAUGCCAGACUGGCAUGGCGAAGGACGAUUACACUGAAAUGACAUUCUGUGUGUCCACUUCUCCUCCUGAGCCUACAUCUCAGACCACCGACUGUCCCAAGCCCGCCAGCCCAUCAUCCUGCGCACGGAGGUUAAAUUUGAGUGACUCCAUGGGGGUACGACCGGUUGACUCAUUCCUGCUGGGUGGCACCGACACACACCUGGUAGACCCAGACCGGGGUGCCAAGGUGAUACGUGCGGACCCCCAAGGACGAAGGCGACACAGCUCGGAAACCUUCUCCUCCACCACCACUGUCACACCCGUUUUCCCCUCCUUCGCACAUGACGCAAGGCGGCACGGCUCAGCCUCCGUGGAGAACGUCUCUGCGCUGUCGAGGAACAGUGAAGGUCUAGAAGAGGAGUACGGCAGUCCCAUGUGCAGAGAGACGUCAGCGGGCUUUCAGAAUGGACUUAACUACAUCGCCUUAAACCUUAUGGACGAGGGACUGGCUAGUUGCGAUGCUCUGGUUAGAUUCAAAGCUGCCAGCUGCUGCAAAGGGAGCAUGAGUGCAAUACAUGCCAGUCUCUAUGGAUUCAAGGACACAGCAACAGCAGUAAAAGACUAAACAGAUCAAGACUCCAUUCCUGGUCUGGUUCCGCAGUUCUUCCUCGGGACCAGGAGGUACAAGGAGGAAGGAGGAGAGUUGGCCGUGUGGACAGAUGGGCCACGCUGCUGCUGUUUGCUGCUGCUUCAACUCUUCCCUGAUCUUUGACCCCUGAACUUGUAUGAAUGGCUAUCGUCAUGGCAACAUAGACACUUGACCUGCUCUUUGCCCCAGUGACGUGGUCCUCUAUCUCUGUGCUGCUCUGAAAAUGACUCAAACUCUUGACAAAAACAAAGGUUGGACCACACAUCUGUCUGUGUGUUACUCCACACUCACGCCCCUAUAGAGUCUACAGUUCUUCUUCUUCUUGUUUAUGCUCCACUGGUUUUUGUUCAAGUGCUCUGGACGUUAAGAGGCCAGUGUCCCCCACAUGCAAAAACCUGUGAAUCAAACCUGGAGUGUAACAUCUGCACAUUAUCACACAAGUGUACAUACACACACACACACACACACACACAUAAACAAACAAACAAACAAACAAACAAACAAACAUGGAUACAUGCAUAACCACACGUUGCACAUGGCACGUAUUUAUUUAUUUAUAUGUGUGCAUUAAGAGGUGUUUUGGGUGUGUGUGUGUGUGUGUGUCCACGCACAUACGGUUGGUUGCAGCACUGCACCAAGGUGGCAUUUCAUCACAAUCUUCACCAGUUAACUGAAAUAAGUAGUCUCUUGAAAAACCCUACCUCAGAUUAAAGCCAGGUUUUGAGUUGCAUAUGAAAAUAUAUAUAUAUUAAAAAAACUAUUUAUUUUCAGUGCUGAAUGUCAUAAAAAUGCCAAUCCAAAGCCUUACUGACUGUCAAACAGUGUUUUCUUUUGUUAUGGAAAUUUGCUAUGGACCUAUACACAUUUACAAAGUAUCAAAGACCGACCGCUCGCCAUGGAAACUGAAUGUCUCUAAGUGCAGUAGAAGUGGCUUUCACCAUAGAUAGUGACUUCUGCAAUCAAAGAUUUCUUAUAUUACUUUUCUUAUUCUAAGUAUUACACAGAUAUUUAAAGGAUAUUAAUAUAAUUCUAUUUAUGAGUGCUGGUAAAUGGCAGGGGAAGCAGUGUUACGCUGCCUUACACACAUACACAUAUGCAAAGUAGGCUCUUUGAGAAGGAGAUUAGUUUGGAACGAAGUCAGCAAGACAGAAACAGAUAUACUCGUGCACACUCGAGACACGCAAUGUGUGUGUGUGUGAGGGAGUGUCCAUCACAUAGGCACCAAAACACACUUUAACCCUCCACUGUUGGAUGGGUCCCAACCUGGUAAUGACUCCUGCUGCCUCACCCUUAUUCACCACUAAAUAUCUUUACUCUUUAAUCGCGGCCUUUCCUUUACGUUAGACCAAGGCAGCCGGCUCCACGUGCUCGGUUCUGAUUGGCUCUGAGGUACACUGGUGGAGCAGUUGGUUAAUGGGACAGACACAUUUCAGGGACAUCUUGGGAGGCUUUAAAGCAUUGCUGCUGCACCGUAGUGUCAGACAGGGACAGUGUCUGUACCAGUGCUUUGUCUCUCACUUACAAACAUGUUUUUCGAUUGUAACACAAGACAAAUUUGAAUGUAGAGUAUUCUGCAGCUCCCUACAAGCAAAGCAAAACGAAACAAAAACCAUUAAAAAGUAUGACUGUCACAAAACAAAAAGACCUAGACAAGUGAAAUGAAACUGACACAUGUGACUUGUUUAAGUAUAUGAAACGUUUGCCUGGAAACAUGUAAAUAAUGUAUAUAUAAUGAUAAUGCAACUGAUGUGCAGUUGUGACCUUGGAAAGUUUUUUAAGUUAAAGAUAAUACAUUUAUGUAUUUGUACAUACACAGUAUAUGUUUAAAUGAAUUUCCCCAAAAGCAAAAGCACUAAUGAAGGUACUGGCCAAACACCAGUGUUUGACCUGGAGGUUUUCUUUUCUAAUUCUUUGCUAGGUUUGUAAGUGUGUGCAAACUGCACGAUGAAUGCCACUAAGGAAAUAUUUUAUACUGCUGUAACAUAAAAAAAACACAAAUAUAAUUGAACAAUACUUGAUAUGAGAGCUCUAGCUACAUAGGUACAAAUUAACAUAUGGCAUAUGCAAUAUUUACAUUUUUUAAAGAUUAGUUUACAGAAAGAAACCAAAUGUAUAAAUACUGUGUUCAUAAAGUUUGAUAAAACCUUAAAACUGAUGGGUUUGUUUUGCUGUAUACAUUUUUUCAGCCAACUUUAAAUGAAAACUUUGCUGUUUUUGUUAUUGGAUCUUACCAGUGAUUUGAGCAGUGUUCUUAUUCUGAUGAUUUGUUAUUUCUCAGUAUGGAAAAGAUGACUAUUUUGAGCCUUGGUUUAAUUUUUUUUCUGUGUCUUCCAUUGUAUAUAUUUCAUAUACUACACAUUGUGAUGCUAUUAAGAGAUAAUUUAAUCUUAGUGUAGUUAGUAUUGCUUUGGAAAAUGUAAUGAUUCUGAAUAGCCACAUGCAAUAAAACAGUAACAUUAUUUAAGAAA